UCUGCCGGCGAGUGGGCAGGGGCGGGCUGAUCAGAUGCUCGCCCGUCCGAGCGGCAGGAGCAACGUGAAGCGUCGGUGAGGACUCGGGAACCGGGAAGCGCUGCGUGGCCGCACUCCCGGCACCGCGGCGGGGAUGAAGGGCAAACUGUUCGUGGCGCUCUCGCUCUCCUGCGUGCUCAGCUGUUUGCUGCUCUACAACCGCGCUGGCGGCGGCCUGGGCCAGUGGAAGCAGGCGGCCGCCAGCGAGCGGGUCGGAGCAGAUAAUGUUUCAAUUCUGGACAAUGUAACAACAACAGUCACCAAACCUGACCAGUUGGAGAAGUGUCCGAAUGAUCCACCAGAACUUGUUGGACCCCUGAGGAUCGUGUUUGACAAAGAGCAGUCAUUGGAAGAGAUAGCUGAAUUAAAUCCUUAUGUGACAUUUGGAGGGCGAUACAAGCCAACGGACUGCAUCCCUCUGCAACGCAUUGCCAUCAUCAUUCCAUUCCGCAAUCGCCAUCACCACCUGAGACACUGGCUCUACUACCUUCUCCCAAUCCUACGCCGGCAACAGGGAGAUUAUGGCAUUUACAUCAUUGAGCAGGCUGGUGAUGGAACAUUCAACCGUGCUAAGUUGCUCAAUGUGGGAUUUGCAGAAGCUUUGAAAGAGAAUAAUUACGACUGUUUCAUAUUCAGCGAUGUUGAUAUUAUACAGAAUGACAGGAACCUGUACCGUUGUAGCAAGAAUCCGCGUCAUCUGGCCUGUGCUAUGGACAAGUUCAGUUAUCGGUUGCCAUAUACUGGGUAUUUUGGAGGGAUUGUGGCUUUUACCAAGGACCAGUAUUUGAAAAUAAAUGGUUUCUCCAACAACUAUUGGGGCUGGGGGACUGAAGAUGACGACACAUACAUGAGAGUAACAUUGAGCGGCAUGACUGUUGAUCGGCCUGAUAACAACAUUGGAAGAACCAAAAUGAUACGACAUGAAAGAGACAAAGGAAAUGAGGUCAACGAAAAAAAUUAUGUUGUUUAUAACAAGAUGAAAUUUCCGAGGCACCAUGACGGCUACAAAUCCCUUAAAUAUUCAGUCAUCAAGAUGGAAAAAAAGGCAACUUUUCACCAUGAUAACAGUCGAUAUUGGAAAACCUCCAUCGUAGAGAACUGGAACAGUGCCUUCACACGCCACUUAUUAUGAGUGGAAUUAACCAAAGAAAUGUGUGUGUGUGUGUGCGCUGCCUAGGACCAAUGUUCGUACACUUAAACACACUGAUGACACAUGUUAAAUGACUCGAGUCUCCUUGCUUUAAAAGAAAUGAUCUGUUUCUGUCUCUUGCUUCUGUAGAUUUGAAGGAAGGGGCUAUUGAAAUGUGUUCGCGACAACCUUUUCUUGGGCAGAGAGAGGGUUCCUAAUGCUGCUUAGUAAUGAGGAUAGCAAGAGAGUGUGAGCAAAAGGAAAUGAUCUCUUGCUCUUGACUCAAAAUGAUUUCUUGCAUUGAUUCCUUCAGUUUCAUGUAUUUUUUCACAUUUUGUUUGGACAUAAAGGGAGGAAUCAAUCUGAUUGCAGACUUCUAGGGAGAUGACUUUCUUACAGGGAGCACUCCCUCAUUUGUAGUUCCUCCUCCACCUGUAUCUGGCUAGUAACCAAGUCUACCGAGAAGGGAUGAGAGUUCUUCGUCUCUCUCAGAAUCUAUAUAACUCUCAGGUAUGACUCGUGUGUUUUAUUUGCUAAUUGAUAAUUUUAUUUUUUUUUUCCUGUGUGCCAUAAGCUCAUUGUC